CGCAUCCAACCACCCGUGUCAGCGGUCUCUGACGGGAGUCAUGCAUUCACCUUCACCGCAGCUUCACUACUGGAAACUGAGGAUGACACUGCCUCACGCCACGACGCAAGACGCGUGAAGAUAUCCACCGCAGGCGGACAGGAAUUACAGGGGUGCCUAUAGAUAUAUCGCCAAAGCUUCACUUCCACCUCUUCCAGCCUGGGCACCCGGGUUCAAUCCACAACUUGAUCGCGUUCCAGAAACCGCAACCCUCUGUUCACAAUUACCACAACUUCUCCGACUCCCAGCCCUGUGCAUGUGUUUGUCGCCCGAAGUAACAAUAUGAACGAUGCAUUUCUCGAGGAGGCGGAGAGAAUGAUGGAUAUUAACGAUGAUAUCUUCAACUACCCACACCCUGCAGAGACGUCUGGGCCGUCUGACAAUCCUGAGCUACAGCUGAUGGGUAUGCCGAUUGAGAUUCGAGAGGCGAUCCUGAGACAUAUUCUGGUGAAAGAAGAUUCCAUCCAGAUAACUUCCACCCAUGCGAGACGGGGUGGACCAUAUUCAGGCAACUCUGCAUUGAUGUUUGUCCGCCCACAACAGCUUGAGACGAGCAUCCUUCGCGUCAACAAACGAACCGCGCAAGAAGCUACGGACAUCCUGUACGGAGCGAAUGUGUUCGAGUCUCAAUCAAUGCGUAUAUUCAAGCGGGCGCCUCUCAAAGUGGCCCAGUACGGCAUCGGACCUACGAAUAUGGCCAAGAUCAAAUUUGCCCGCUUCAAUUUACCGGGGCCCACCUUCAAGGGGCCCACCUGGGGUCAUCAGUCGUUGCUCGACUUUCUAUGUGCAAAUCUGAUCAAGCUCAAGAAACUCACAUUCAGAACCUUGGUCGGCAGCGAAAUGGGGGCCCACGGUGACGGAGUCAAGGAAGCGGAGAUGAAGAGGCUUCGGCCCGUCUUCUUCGUAGCGGCAAGAGUUACCAAAUUCCAUCCGACUUUGCGGAAGGCUGUCUGGCGCCGAUGGAGUGGCAGUAGAUUUGCAAAUUACGAAUGGAUAAAGUUGUUCGACUUUGAGGACAAACGAUACAUCAUCGGCGAAUUCUCCGUCGACCUCGUGCCGGAAGGGCUGGAGGCCUUCUUGAAAGGCAGCGUCAUUCGGAAGAACGCAUGCGGAGAGGACAUGGAAUGCAAUGACAUGGUUAUCAACAGCAGACUUGUGCGCCAGACUUAUUGGCACGACAAUGUCGAGAGAUUUGCACUGCCCAACAAUGCGACAUCGUCCGAAGUGGACGUCAAUGAGGUUGAAGUAUGGCCUAGCAGGGGCAAGUACCCUGUGUGAUAUGCAAUGUACGGCGGACAUACCGAGUAUUCAGGCGAGUGCAAAGUACGCAAAGGCACAUGGAUGCCGGUGGUGCUUUUGCUGCUCUCAUGAUGAAAUGGAGAUCGUGACUUGCUGAACGACGAAAAGCGAUUGAUGGCGAUGGAUGCGUGGUGACGGCUGUGAGUGACC